CCUACCUUAUCGAUUUAUCGUGCAGCGUUGACAGAAUUCUUCAACAUGUCGUGGAGAGCCAACAGGCCUAAUGCCCUUGAUGUGUCUUUUCCAGAAGAAGCUGCGGCCCUUCGACGAGAAGAAGAGGCGCGUCUCACAACCAAAUUUGCACCGACCCUCCAGACAUUAAAGAAGCCGGCGAAUGCUAAUCCGCACAAGAGGAAGGGCGACGAACGACAACCUCUGGUACACGUUCAGGGAGCUCCCAGAGCUCCCAGGAACGCUGAGGCACCGCCUGCAAAGAGGCGAAAGCGCAAUCUUGCUCCCAUUGAAAUUCCAGUGUACUUCGAACCGCCUAUCGGUAUUCAAGCUUUCGAGGAGACAAGACGUUUGGUACUUCCUGGAGAGGACCCCGACGAAAUUGACAACGAGCUCAAAAUUAUCAGAUACCUCACCAACUUUGCCUUCUAUGACGAUAACAAUAAUAAUGCCUUCGUCCCGUUGUCUCUAAUGGAAGAAAACGAUGGGGUGACCCGGCACUUUCGUGCAUCGGGUUUCGUUAGACCGUCUUUUGUCAAUGACGAAGACGAGGGACAGGAAGAUGGAAUCGACGACGAUACAUAUCUUCAUCUUGGCUCUAUCAUGACCUUCAGUUUUGAUUAUACUAAAAAGGAUAGUCCUGUAUACCUUGAAACAGAGUAUAGCUGGUACCGCCUCGAACGCCCUUCUCCUAGAUACCAGCCCUUUUUCGAGAGAUUUCUAGUCCCACGUCGAAUAGCACAGCUUGUCGUCUCUUCAGCUGUAGCCCGUCCACCUCCGGCCUCUCGCUCGGAAUUCAUUAGACUUUUGGAGGACGAGAAUGAUAAUUUUGGCAGUAAGCUCACAAGAGAUGAUUUAACGGACUCGCUAUCCCAAAUCGAAGAAGCGCUAGAUGAACAUGAGCGCGGCGAGCAACUUCGGCAUCUCCCUUUCGUUAGAGCCAUCUUACCGAGGGUGGAUGUGUCUGCGGCAAAGAGGAAGCGCAAGGCAAAACGGCAUCGUCUCGAUCAUCGUCCCCCGGAGAUCCCAGAACGUGCAGGUUUAGAUCUUGAUACCAUCGUGCUCAAGCCAGAGAAUCAGACACCCACUCAUGUUACAGGCGCUAUUGCCAAUCUUGCGAAGGGUCUGUUUUCUGAAGAACUACACGUCUGUAAAGCGCCUCCUCCUCCUGUGGACGAGGAGAAGAAACUUCAGGAACAGCAAGAAAACCGUAAUUAUUUGGAGGUUCUCAUUGGACGCGCCAAUCGCCACCACAAGAAGACCGAUUGGCGUCGCGAUCAACGGCUUUCUAGUAGCUCAAGGUAUCUGAAAAGCGUUUCAAUAGAUGGGGUGACAAUCUGUAUCGACGAUGACAUUGUAGUCCUGCCCGAUGAGAAUCGCGAAUGUUUCCCAGAGACAAUCGAGGCCGUGAAGUUUGGUAAUGGCAUUGCUCAUUACUUCUGGUUCGCAAGAGUAUUAUUCAUUGACUUCGAAUCAGAGAUGGCCCAUGUACUUUGGUAUGAUCAUGGCUCCAACACCGUGUUGGAAGAGCUUGCGCAUCCUCAAGAACUAUUCAUUCUUGAUCUCUGUACAAGUAUCCCGCUUCUUUCAAUAUGUGGAACCGUAAAAGUGCAUCGUUGGCCGAAAGAACCUGUGCCCUUAAGUGAUUUUUAUUGCCGGUUCAAGUAUGACAAAGCAACUGCGGCUUUUGUAGACCCCGACCUUGAAGCCUCGGAAAUGGCUUCGACACUACAGCCGCCAAACAAUUGCCCAAGCUGCCUAUGCCGAGACCAGCGUGACCAAGAAAAAUCUGCUGUCAAGAUAGCGGAUGGUAUAGCAUGUAGUGGAAACCAUUAUCAUAUCGACGACUUCGUACUCUACGCAUCCCCUAGUGGACCUGCUGCCAUAGGUCAAAUCAUUGAUAUCAAAGCCUCCGAUCGUAUUACAGCUUCAAGUCAGCCGACUGUCAGUGUAAGGCCCGUAGGUCGUAUUAGUGACCUCGGUAUCCUACCCCGCUCGGAAAUAAGAGAUGAGCGGCAUGUCUUUCUUACGAACUCGGAGAGAAUGAUAUCUGUCGAUGUAACCGAUCUCCUACGUGUUUGCUUCGUUUUUUCGUAUACGUCAAUCACAGAUGAAGAGGCCUGGCUAGCUAUGUCUCCUGAUCAUUUCUACGUCAAGUAUAGCUUUCCCUCUCUAAAGGUUGCUUCUUGGGAUGCAAAGACGGUCAUCAACCCGGUACACGUACCUAUAUGCAAAUCCUGCACAGCACUAGAGCUUGAGCGGUUUAAGAAUAUCAAGGACAUCCAAGAACGGGUGAAACUGCCUACUCUGGAUAUCUUUGGUGGUGUUGGGGCCUUUGCGUUGGGAAUGGCCAAGGGAUGCGGAAAUAUGGAUAUUACACACUCCAUAGAGAUUGCACCGUCCGCUGCGAAGACCUACAAGCGAAAUUCUCCACGUACAAUUGUAUAUAACCAGUGUGCGAACACCAUGCUCAAGUACAUGGUCAAGCAUCACCAUCGACCCGGUCAGAUGGACCCUCCGCUCCAGAUCUACGAUGAGACGCCUGUUCCUUUGCCUCCUUCCCCGGGCCAGAUCAAGGUCGUUGUCGCUGGAUUUCCUUGUCAGUCACAUUCUGCUUUGAACAUGUACAAGCAUGAACACGAUAAGAAGAGCAAUCUCAUCCUCACGACAUUGUCAAUGAUGGAUUUUCUUCGGCCAGAUUAUGGUUUCUUCGAAAAUGUCCCCGGAUUUAUAAACUACAGACCGGACGCGACCCAGUUUGGACGACAUAAGCUUCAAGGUGGUAUGGAACAAGGUGGGCUCAAAUUUGUCCUACAUGCUCUGUUGGACAUGAAAUACCAAGUUCGGUUUGGCCUAAUGGAUGCAGCUCAUUAUGGUGCUCCGCAGCGGCGGAAACGGUUUUUCAUCUGUGCGGCGCAACAGAAGCUGAAGUUAUCAUCCCUUCCACAGCCUACGCAUGACUUCCCCAACACGGAGAAGCUUGCCAUCAAACUGUCCGUCGGCGGUUCUAUCACUCCGAUCCGAACGACUAAUGGGACUGCGCCGCACCGAUGCGUAACUAUCGGUGAUGCCAUUAGCGAUCUACCAAGAUAUGACUACAAACAUCCAAUUCCAGGAAAGCGUGUUGACCGGGGGAUCAAAAGCCUCUUCUGCAAGUCUACGGAUGCUCAUUGCGGUUACGAAGGCAGAACUCCGUAUCACCACGCGCCGUUGACGCGGUACCAGAAAGAAGCUAGAAAGAAUGCAACAGAAAACAUCCAACAUUUCACAAGGCCUUUGAAGGAGAAGAUAGUGGAACGGAUAGUUAACAUUCCUUUGAAAGCUGGUGCCGACUAUCGCUCGUUACCGGGUGAUCUCCAUGAGUACCAAACGGUGAACCCACGGUCUGCGAAUGCGAGAACAGGGUUCCGUAGCGGCAUGUACGGCCGUCUGGAUGCAAAGGAUGUUUUCCCAACGACUGUUACAAAUGUCUACGUCACCGCAAAACAGAGCCGGGUACUCAAUCCUUGGUGUCAUCGAAUGGUAACGGUCAGGGAGCUGGCAAGAUCGCAAGGAUUCCGCGAUGACUUUGUGUUUGAAUCAUUGUAUAACAAUGUCGUUACGAUCCAUAGACAAAUAGGAAACGCGGUGCCUUGGCCUGUAGCCACAGCCCUUGGACGCGAGCUGCAGGCCGUAGUACUCGAGGAUCCUAAGUACAAAAUUAUAAAUAUCGUUUAAAGAGUAUCAGUAUUUCAAUGUAUAGUCUAUCAUUCCUUGUAUCAAGACGGCCUCUACGGAAAUUCUUCGCAAAAUUGCUGUCAC